AUUUUCUAUUACUAUAUGGUUGCCAGGGCGCUAAGACAAGCAUCUGUCUAUGGUUGCCAAGGCGCUAAGACGAGCAUUAUGGAGGGAUAUGGUUGCCAGGUGUUCAACUUCUUAAACAAGAGAUGUGAGCGUGCCCUUCUCAUGAGACGCAACCCCCGUGAGGUGACCUGGACUGUUCUGUAUCGCCGCAAGCACAAGAAAGACACCCAGGAGGAAGUGUCCAAGAAGCGCACCCGCCGUAAUAUCAAGUUCCAGAGGUCUGUACAGGGUGCGUCUCUUGACAACAUCCUCGCCAAGAGAAACCAGAAGCCUGAGGUCCGCAAGGCGCAGAGAGAGCAAGCUAUCAGGUGACUAGGUUAACCAUGUUUACCCAUG